AUGAGCGCGCGGUGCGUGAAGCUGUAUACGUCGGCGCUCGCGACCGGCGCGCCGACGACCGAGGCGGGCCUGCUUGCCGAUCUCGUGUACACGAGCGCGCUGCCGUUUGUCUCGAGCGGCGACGAGGUGCCGCCGCUCGAGGCGGUGCGCGCAGCGGCGGGCGACGUGCUCGCGGCCGACGACCGGACGCAGGUGCUUGUCAAGCUCUUUUUCCUCGGCGCGCCUGCUUCCGACGGCGCGGCGUACAAUGCGCAGUACGUCACGGAUGCGCUCGAGCGCGUGCGUGCGCUGACCGAGGUGGCACACGUCGAUAUGCUCGUGCUCGCCUUUCCCGCGCUCGCCGACCAGCUCGAUGCGCGGGCGCAGGUGCCGGACGAAGCGACCGCCGCUGCGCUGCGGCGGCUGUGGAACGCGGCCGGCGCGCUCGGUGUGCGUGUCGGCAUUGCGGAUCUCGCGCUGCCUGCGCUCCAGGCCGUCUUUUCCUCCGUCGCACCCGACGUGCGCGGCGUGGCGGACGACCGCGCCGUCUAUGCAUACCCCGCGCUGGUCUCUGCCGGUGCGCACCACCGCGAGUGCGCGCCGGAUGCGGAGCUGUACCAGUGGUGCGCGGCGCACGAUGCGCCGUUUGUCGUGCACCACGACGCGCAGCCCAUGCUCGCUGCCGACGAGCUCGACGAGCUUGCGCCGCAGCUUGCGCCGCCCGCGCGGCGCCUCGAGCCCGAGUGGGUUGCGCGGUACACGGUGCUGGUGCCCGACCGCGGGAUUGUCGCCAAGCAAGGGUAA